AUGUCGGAACAGGAAUUGUUAGCCGAGGUCGAGAGAGACCUUAAUAUUGACGACAUUGACUUCUCUGACUUGGAAGAACAAUAUGCCGUGGAAAAGAACUUUGGCUUGGAAAACUAUGUUGUUGUGGAUGGAGCCCCUGUUGCCCCUGAAUCCAAGGCUCCAGUUUUGGAAAAGGUGUUGAGAAAGUUGUUCAGCAAAGUGGCGCAGGUUGUUGAAGGUGACGAUGGCAUUUAUAUGCCUGUUGAAGGCGGCAAGACCAAAGGUUACUUAUUUGUUCAAUUUAAGAAUGGAGAACAAGCAGAAGCAGCCAUUAAGAAUUUCAAUGGUAAGAAAUUGGAUGCUAACCAUAAGUUAUAUUUGAACAAGCUUUCAGAUAUUGGCAAGUACACAACUCAAGUGAAUGAUGAAUUUGUUGAACCCGAAAUUGCUGAUUUCAAGAGUCAUGGAUAUUUGAAGUCUUGGUUACAAGAUGAACAAGGACGUGAUCAAAUGGCCAUGCACUUUUCUGAAACCGUUGGUGUUUUUUGGAACAAGAAGAAGAAUGAACCUGAAGCUGCCAUUGAACCAAGAAAGGGUUUUACUUCCAAGUAUGCCAAGUUCUCUCCUCGUGGUACUUAUUUGUUUUCCAUUCAUCCUCAAGGUAUUCAAUGUUGGGGUGGUGAAGAUUUCCAUAGUAUUCAUAAAUUUGUGCACAACCAAGUUCGUUUAGUUGACUUUUCUCCUAAUGAAAAGUAUAUGGUUACCUUAUCACCUUUACCCAUUGAAAUCCCUGAUUCUCCUGAAGAACUUGCCAGAUGUCCAUUUGGACCUGAAAGUAAAGGUCAUAAGUUGGUUAUCUGGGAUUUGACAACUGGCGAACCUGCUAGAACAUUUGCUUUACCACCUCAUUUGGAGGGUCAAAAGGAAAUGCCAUGGCCUUUGGUUAAAUGGUCUUAUGAUGAUAAAUACUGUGCUCGUCAAGGCCCUGAUGCUUUGGCCAUUUAUGAAACCCCAUCAUUUCAAUUGUUGGACAAGCAAUUGGUUAAGAUUGAAGGAAUUGUUGAUUUCGAUUGGGCUCCAUCUGGAGUUCAUCUUAAUGGAUCUAAAGGAGAAUCUGAAUAUGUGUUAUCUUAUUGGACUCCUGAAUCAAGUAACCAAACUGCUAGAGUUGCAUUGAUGCAUAUUCCAUCUAAAAAAGUGCUUAGAACAGUCAACUUGUUCCAAGUUAGUGAUUGUAAAAUGCACUGGCAAGAUGAAGGAAGAUUUAUGUGUGUUAAGGUUGAUCGUCAUAGUAAAUCUGGUAAGACCUUAUUCACUAAUUUGGAGUUCUUUAAGGUGACUGAAAAGGAUAUCCCCGUAGAAAAGUUGGAAUUGAAAGACGUUGCAAUUAAUUUUGCUUGGGAACCCAAAUCAGAAAGAUUCAUUACUAUUUCUAACUUGGAUAACGGUAACACUAACCCAGCUAUUCCUAGAAAUGCCAUCAACUUUUAUGCUCCCGAAACAACCACCAAGAAUAACAUUGUUACUACCAAAUAUAAGCUGUUUGCUGAAUUCACAGAUAAACAUUCCAACACUAUAUUGUGGGCUCCCAAGGGUAGAUUUGUGGUAGUUGCAACCAUCACCAAGUCCAAUGGUGAGAUUGAAUUCUUUGACUGUAACUACGAAGACGAUAAGACUACUAAAAAGGGUGGUAAAAACGAUACCAAUGUCAAGUUGUUGAGGACAGAAAAGUAUCCUGGUAUGACUAAUAUGUCUUGGGAUCCUUCAGGAAGAUUCCUUGCUGCUUGGUCAUCCAAUUGGAUGCACAGCAUUGAUAACGGAUACAGAUUGUUUGAAUUCACUGGUAAUAUGUUGAGGGAAGAACCUAUCGACCAAUUCAAGGAGUUCAUCUGGAGACCAAGACCUGCUUCACUUUUAUCAUCAGCUGAUAAGAAGACUGUUAGAAAGAACAUUAAAGAAUACAGUGCACAAUUUGAUGAGAAUGAUGCCAUGGAAGCAGAUGCUGCUACCAGAGAAGCCAUCUUGAACCGUAAGAGAAAGUUGGAAGAAUGGAGAGCUUACCGUGCUCAUUUUGCCAACAAGAACACCAAGGAAAACAAUGUCGAGGCUGAAGUCAUUGAAGAGAUCAAAGAAGUCAUUAUCGAAGAAAAGGUUGAAGCCGUUGAGCAAUAG